UCCCAGGGAGGGUCCCUGGAGGUUACUCGACUCGUACCGGUCGUUGCCGCCGAGGGCCCGAGUGCGAGAGGAGCCUGCGGCGAGUGCGGUCUCCGCCGGCCGACCCGAGCAGGAUUCUCCAUUUCUGGGUAAAGAAUGCAGACAAUAAAGUGCGUAGUUGUUGGAGAUGGUGCAGUGGGAAAGACCUGUCUUCUCAUCAGCUACACCACCAAUGCCUUUCCAGAGGAGUACAUACCCACUGUGUUUGACAACUAUAGUGCCCAGAUGACUGUGGAUGGCCGGACAGUUAGUCUAAAUCUCUGGGACACUGCAGGCCAGGAGGAAUAUGACCGUCUGCGUACACUCUCAUACCCUCAAACCAAUGUAUUUGUCAUCUGUUUUUCCAUUGGAAGUCCCUCCUCUUAUGCAAAUGUUCGGCACAAAUGGCACCCUGAAGUCUCUCACCACUGUCCUAAUGUUCCAAUCCUUUUAGUUGGCACCAAAAGGGACUUACGAAGUGAUGUGGAAACAGUUAAAAAGCUGAAGGAGCAAAGCUUGGCUCCCACUACCCCACAACAGGGAACUUCACUGGCCAAACAGAUUGGAGCAGUAAAAUAUUUGGAAUGCUCAGCUCUGAACCAGGAAGGGGUUCGAGAGGUGUUUGCUGAAGCUGUGCGUGCAGUUUUAUACCCAGUGACAAAGAAAAACACAAAAAAGUGUGUCCUGUUGUAGUUGCCGAAGAUGAUGGAUAUUUGAAGUGGAAUAAAGACUGACAGGGAUCUUGGUGGGCUCCUUUCUUUUUUUAAUCGAAGAUUUGCAUCUUGCACUAACAGCUCUAAACAGAAAUGGUUCAUGCAAAGUAUA